GUGUUUUCACAUCUCCAGAAGCAAGCAGAAACUGCCGAGGAGGAUUCAAAGACUUUCAAUCAGAUCAUGUCUGUCCUCUCCUUUGAAAAGAUUACUUUCAAUGACCUGCAGCUGAAACCUUACCGCACCGAUGAGUUCAUCCACAAGCUGUUCUAUGAAACGAGCCGAUUCUCAGCUUUGGGCUACCAGUGGGUGAUUAAGGCAAGACUCAAUGAUAACCAGAAGGACCCACACCUGACAUGCAACAGGUUUAUCACAUACCAGCUGAUCGUCAAGAGUAAGCCAAGCAGCCCCAUGCUGGUCCAUUUCAUGAUGCUCCGAGGGCCUUUUGGCGACAUGCGAGUGGACCCCCACAUAUGCCAGCAUGAGUUCACUGAGAGCAGCACAGAAAGUCCCUUCUUUGCCCUACCUUUGCCCGACAGCGCAGAAUGCAACAAACUCUUGGCUGCACGUACGAUAGACUUCAGGUUGAUGAUGGGCAUGGUAACCAAGUAAUCAGACAUUGAAGGAACAACUGUGUAAUGUUACAUCAAGCAAACUCCUUUUAUCUCCGGCUGCAUUUCCAUGUUUACGGUUAUAUACUUAAAUAAUUAGAUUAUCUUCUCCCUUUCUGCCUGACAUUUUUCUUAAAACAGAUUGACGAAAGAAACUUGAAAAAGGAAGGCAUUUGUAGAAGAAUGGAUUUUUUUUUUUUUUUUUUUUUUUUUUUUUUCCCUUUUUAUUCAAACAAUGAUUAUUAUAAAGGUAAAUAGUUACAGCUGAUGAGACUUGAUGUCAUUGUCUUUACUCAUAAUGGAAGUGGAUAUUGGUAAUAAGUCAGGGGCAUGUGAUGAGUUGGCUGACA